AAACCGAAACUAGGUUUGGGGAGCGCCGCUCUUAGUCUGUUGCGCAACAUUUUCGCUGGGGAUGGCGGAUGGUGGCAGGAGUUUGGAAGAAGAGAAUCGACAGUUAAAGUCUGCCCUAAAAGUGUCUAUGCAGGAAAAGUAUGAAGCAGCUGAAUAUGGCCUUACCCUUCUGGAAACAAAUCAACAACUCAAAAAUCAGCUUGAUGAAUUGGGCGGAAAGUAUGAAGAGUUAGAUCGAGAACUAAAAAUUACUCGCAAGAGUUUAGAGGAACAAAACCUUAUUCAACGUAGACUAAGUAUCGCUGGCUUCCAGGAGGAAGAUGACUUGGUAUCCGAGUCGGCAAACAGAGAACGUGUCUUAAGGAAUCAAGUGCAUGAUUUAGAAGUAGAAUUAAAGGAGCUCAGACUUAAGUAUGAGCGGCAAAUGGCGGAGAAUGACACGUUGCACAAAAGGAAUAUUGAACAGCAGUCGGCUCAUGAAGAUCUAGAGAAACAGUUUAGGAACCUGAAAUCUGAUAUUAGAGAUGCUAAAGCAAAAGAAGUCCAAAUCUUAAACGAAUAUGAUGACUUGGAGGCAGAAAAUUUAGAGUUACAAAAGACUAUACUUUCCUUAAAGACUAGUCAGGUGGAAUUUGAAAGCGUAAGGCAUGAAUUAAAGCGACUACAAGAGGAAAAUGAUGUUAUACAUGUCCAGCUGGAGGAAAUAACUCGUUUAAAGCGGAUGACCGAAAAGUCCUUGGAAGAUGCUUUAGAAUCACUUCAGAUUGAACGUGACCAACGUCAUAAUUUACGCAAGGAACUUGACAGCAGAAUUAUAUCAGAUUCAAUAAGCCACCUCAGCGACUUGCGAAACCUAAACAAUUUGGCAAAUGUUAGCAAGCUUAGUCAACUUCAUGAAAGUAAUACUGAAUGUCAAAAACUAGAUACCAAUGUGUCUACUAAUGAACCUCCUGGAAGUGAUGUGAAGAAUCGAGAAGAAAAUAAGUCUGGUUCUAAGCAUCCUUCGCCAGACGAUCUGCUGACUGAAUUAAGAACUACAGAAAUCGCCAAGUAUGAGGCGGAAUUGGCUCAUAUAGAAGCUGAAAAAAAUGAACUUACGAGAACACUCGAAAUUACUCAGCGAUCUCUUGAGUUGGCUACAAGUGAAGUUUCAAAUAAACAGGAGCGUAUCAAUGGGUUACUGGCUCAGUUAGAUGCAAUUAUGUCCGUCAAAUCAGAAGCAGAUUCUGAAUUCGAAGUCAAAGAAUUGGAAUUAGAAGCACAACCAACUACAAACUGUAAAAAUGCGAUGGUGGAAUCCUGUAUUUCAAUGACUUCUCAUACAGAUGAAAAUGAAGAUCCAAAUACAAACACGCAAAAUGACCUAAAAAGAUUACGUAAAGCUCUACGGCUAAAUGAAAAUCGUUAUUCCGUAGCUUUGCGUCAAAUUGCCAGCAUGCAACAUGAUCUUUGGAGAUAUCAUGAGCGUGAAAAAAUUGAUUCUCGACCUGAACUAGCUUCAGAAGAAUCCUUAAAACAAGAACUGGUUCGCUUACAAGGUAUUUUGGAACAACGUAAUGAAGAAAUAAAAACGCUACAGCAGAAGCUAUCUGAUAACGAACAAACUAUUUGUAAAAAUUUUAGUAAGAUCUGUUCUGUCACGGAAACUUAUAAGCAAUGUCUUAUUGUUCUUAUCGGGAUUUAUAGCUUUGUGUGCUCAGUUAUUAAAGUAUCACCACAUAAACAAGUGGCUUAUGUAGCGGAUCGUUUUAAUAUCCCUCUUCGUAGUGAGAAAGAUUCGUCGGAGAAUUCAGUCGCAUCUGAUCUAGUUGGGACUGAUAAAUCUAUUGAUGAACAGCUGGUACAAGAUUGUGGAAUAAAACCAACAGAAUCUCCCACCUCUAAUACAAAAACAACAACCAGUACUACUACUACCGAAUCUAAUUUCGAAGUGUUAUCCGAAGAAGCCGAUUUGCAUCUUACCGUUGUCACACAACUGCGUCAUCUAGUUAGCACAUUCAAUGAAAAGUAUUCUCAGAUUUCAAAUCAGGUUCCUGGACGUAGCAGUUUGGAUAUUGAAGAGACCCAACAACAAAACUUGCGUUUAAAAAGUCUAUUGGAGACGAAACGUGAACAAGUACACACAUUGCGUAAUAUGCUGCGAGCCAAUAAAACUACGGCUGAAACCGCUCUAGCAAAUUUAAAACAAAAAUAUGAAAAAGAGAAAAUUAAUGUCAGUUCAACAAUGCAACAGUUACGUAGUGAGUUGAAGACACUUAAAGAAGAUGCUGCAAUCUAUGGUUCUUUACGCGCUGUAUUCUCCCAACGUUAUGAUGAAUACAUGACACAAUUAGAUGAAAUGCAAAGGAAACUAAGUGUAGCUGAAGAAGAAAAAAGAACUGCAAAUACUUUGUUACGCCUUGCUAUUCAGCAGAAAUUAGCUGUUACUCAACGACUUGAAGAACUUGAAGUAGAUCUCUAUCAAAAACAAAAUUUCGACAUCCGUUCUGGCCAACCUCAUCCACCUUAUCAUACUAGUUCAAUUCAACCAUCUCCUAAUUCCCUUUUAUCUAGUCCAAAUCACCAGCACCCUUAUUCUACAUCAAUUCAUAGUCAGCGACAUUCAACUCCACAAAGCUUCCCCCCAAUUGAUCUUUCCAUCCUUAGAUCAUCUACCCUUCCGAAUGCUCCUUAUUAUACCGGUUCAAGUCCACAACAUGGAAGUAUGUCGUCCAAUGGCAGUGGUGCAAGAUUAUCAGGUCCAGGAUCCGAUAGAAGCAAAAGGAAUACGCGUUUCAGACGUGAUGGUGUGACCUGAACAUAUUGUCUAUCCAGUCGUCUGUUACAUAUAUAUAUAUAGCCUUCAACCUGUUUUUUCUAUUUAGGCUAUCAUCAGAUGUUUUUUACAUCUCAUUAUGCGUACGCUUGUAUAAUAUGUUUUAAAUAGUCUGUGCUCGUUUAUUGUAAUUAUUUAGAGCUCAAUGUUCUUGCUUGUUCACACAACUUAAUUAACCAUAUACCGUGAAUUCGGCGAGAAAUUUCAAUCUUUUUACUAGUAUGAUGAAUUGUUUAUUAUGUGCAAUAUAAAUUUCUUCUUUUCCAAUCUAUCUCUCUAAAAUAUACAUUUUAACUGUAAGCAGUUAGAGGAUUGUGUCUCUCUACUCCUUUAUUAAACUUUAAUUCAUAUCUCUGGACAUUUUCAUAGGAUAUUUAUAUACAUCUCUCUGAACAAUAUCUUUUCACUGAGGAACAUCAAGUUUGAUCACUUACGUGAAUUUCAUGUCUCUUUGGAUGUUUUCGUUUCUUAAUUUUUAUCCAUCUUUUUAUCAUAUCAAGUGUUGCAAUAUCUUAUUAUUUGUUUUUAGUAUGAUAAAACACGUAAAUAUAAAUAGCAUGUUUUUUCAUUAUCGUUUUGUUUUACCUAAUUCUAUUUCUACUUUCCCAUAUGUAUAAAAGCACUAAAUUGUACAAUGAAAUUUUCUUUUCUUCCUGUUAUUCUUCGUGUCAGUCCUUUUAAUUUACUUAUGGCGUUCAAAUAGAAUGCUUCAUAGAGAGUUUGGAUUUUUCUUUUGACAAUAAUUUGUUUUUCUUCAUCUUCGUUCUCAAUGUAUGAUGUUAAAAAUAACAAGUUGUUCGAAGUCAUUGUUUUUUGGUUUCAUUCAUCUAUAAACCUAUUUAUCUUUGUGAUGGCUUGAUGGAAUCCUGGUGAGAGUUAUUUUUGGUUCCUUAUAAAUGAAGUAAUUCAAUCAUUCGACUCCAUAAAAAACUAUCGAUUUUAACCCCAUAUAAGCUCAUUUACCGGUUUUCUUUCAUCAAGAUGUUUGUUUUUGACCGAAUAAUGCCGUGUGGUUGGCAAGUAUGAAUUGGAUUAUACUUUUAGCUGUAACUCCACGCAACGCUUCACUAAUUAAAACACUUGCAUAUAAAGCAUGUUUCUUAUCGUUUAAGUAUCUAGUGCGCCAAAUAUUUUACAAAAGUUUAUAUGUGUUUUGAUUCUUUAUGAUAAACAUUCUUAAACAAUUGAUAAGUUCUCUUAUCUCUGUGGAUAUUUGACAUUGUUUAUGAAGAUGUUAGAUUUCUUAUAUCGUAAGACAGCUGCAUAUGACGUACACCAGAUUUACCAUGUGUUAUAUUAAAUACUCUUGUAUACUUAAUAAAAUAGGAUUUUGUUCAAAUAAGGCGUCCUUCACAUUCUCUACACAGAAAUCGAAGCAUCUAAACGUUGUGGUAAAUUUGUUCAAAAUCAGGGACGUGACACGGAGAUUCAAGUUUUCUCCAAAGGAUAUGGAACUUCUCAAACGUUCGUUGUAAAAUCAUACAGUUUAUAAAGUAACUGAGCUUUAAUUAUAUAUGCCUGUAAAGUUAAACUUUCCGUAAGCGUAACUACUAAAUAAAUACAGUUCCUGAAGAAUUUAUAGUUUAAUAGUGUUAAUGACAUAAAGACAUAAAGGUAAUUUCCAUAGACAUAAAGAGUUCAUCAUUUCUUGGGCAAAGCUUGCGUAAGGACCGAGAAGCCUGGUGGUCGGAGCGCGCUAAUGAGCUGAAAGUAGCAGCUGCAUCUGGUGAUUACCGCAAGCUUUUCCAACUCAUCCGAGCCACUGGCAGCAGGAAGCCUGGUGUGAGCGAAACAAUCUGUGAGGAUGACGUAACGCCAAUCACUAACAUCCAUCGACGUCUUGGACGAUGGGCAGAAUUUUUCGAAGAGCAGUUCAACUGGCCUGCUGGUUCGGCAACAUCGGUCACACUGUCCUGCCCUCUAUGGCCGGUGACAACUGAUCCACCAAAUGAGGAGAAAGUCCGCAAGGAACUCCAAUUCUCGAAGCGCUACAAAUCACCUGGCCCAGAUGACUUACCUCCGGCUCUUCUUAAAGAUGGUGGUGACUUUCUGACUAAGGAACUGACGACGUUGUUUACAAAGGUUUGGGAAUUAGAGAGUGUACCAACGUCAUGGAAUGAGUCGAUAGUUGUCCCUAUCUUUAAAAAGGGUUCACGUCGUUCCUGUAACAACUAUCGGGGGAUAAGUCUACUUCCGAUUGCGUCCAAGCUAUUGGCUUCCGUCAUACUUCGUAGGUUGUUCAAAACCCGAGAAAGAUUGACUCGCGAGGAGCAGGCUGGGUUUCGUUCUGGUCGAGGAUGUAUUGAUCAUAUCUUCACCCUCCGCCAAAUGUUAGAACAGCGCCAUACUUAUCAAAGGCCAACAAUCGUAGUGUUUCUUGACAUCAGGGCUGCCUUCGAUCCGUUGAACAGGACUGUUCUCUGGGAUUGUCUAUUGAAGAAGGGUGUGCCUGAGAAGUUUAUUAACAUCCUAAAAGCCCUAUAUAAAAACACCUCAGGCAGAGUGAGGGCAUACAAGCACCAUUCUCCAUUGUUCCAUUCGAGUAGUGGGGUUAAGCAGAUUUGCCCAAUCUCACUAUUCCUCUUCAACUUUGCCAUCGAUGACAUUCUGGAAACAGCUCUGUUGAAUGUAAGUAAUGGUGGUGUGGAUCUGUUGCCUGGAGAAAGACUUCUCGACCUUGAGCAUGCGGACGAUAAUGUCUUACUGUGCGAUAAUGCCCAAGGCAUGCACUCCGCACUUAAUCAGUUGGCAAUCAGUGUCCGUAGGUAUGGUAUGUGCUUUGCACCUCCGAAGUGCAAAGUACUUCUACAAGACUGGCAGGAUUCCAAUCCUGUACUCACUUUGGAUGGUGAGCAGAUAGAAGUAGUAGAGAAGUUCGUGUAUCUGGGUAGCUGCAUAAGUGCUGGUGGGGGUGUGAGUGAUGAGAUCAAUGCACGUAUAGUGAAAGCCAGAGCGGCUUAUGCCAAUCUGGGCCAUCUUUGGCGCCUUCGUGAUGUUAGUCUGGCUGUAAAAGGUCGGAUCUACAACGCAUCGGUGAGAGCAGUUUUGCUCUAUGUUUGUGAAACCUGGCCUCUCCGAGUUGAGGACGUUAGACAACUCUGUGUUCGAUCAUCACUGUCUCCGAAGGAUUGCUGACAUUCAGUGGCAACACCAUGUCAGUAAUGCAGAGGCUCGGCAUCGUGUGUUCGGGCACAGAGACGAUAAUGCAAUUGCUGUCACCAUCUUGAAACACCGACUUCGGUGGCUUGGACAUGUUCUCCGAAUGUCGUCCCAGAGAAUUCCACGUCGUGCAUUAUUUGCCGACUCUGGGACUGGUUGGAAGAAGCGAAGAGGUGGUCAGUGUAUGACAUGGUGUCGUGGUAUCAAAGAAAACUGCAAAGGGCUGGCUUGUGUUGGUCCUUCACGACUCCCUGGCUGAGGUUCGAGAGAUGGUGCAACACAGUGGCUGGAGACGUUAUCAGAUAUGGCUCAGAAUAGAAGCCAGUGGCGAUCCUGCUGUAACCUUCUUUUACUUUCUUCAUAAAAAGUGGUUGUGUCUCCCUUACUUGAAAGAUUUCUUCUGAUUGUACCUUUCUAUUCCCUCGUUACUACCACACUACCUUACACUAAUCUCUUCGUUAUCGUUCUCUUUUUCUUUGUUGCUCCUUAUUUUUUUUCUAUCUCCCAAUUUUCAUUGUUUUGUGUGGCGCAUAUAUGUUGGCGCUAUCUUGUACCAAUAUUUAUGUGUUCAAAUAAAUAAAUAGUGUUAUUG